AUGAGCAACAUUUCAACUACCGAUUCCUACACUUUCACGUUCAUUCUCAUAAAUGCUAAGAAACGAGCAGACGAUGCUUGCGAAGAAUUGAAUUAUCUUCUCAUUAGAAAUAAUCAAAACUUCACUCGUCUCGAUGAAUUCAACGCGUUGCACAGAAAUUUCGAAAAUCAUUAUCUCCGAGCGAGGAACACGUUGAACUGGGUGUUUCGUUUUUAUCACACCGUUCAAGCCUCGAAACACUCAAUUGCAAUGGAAAAUCUCGUCAAGGAUUGA